UUACGUGUGAAAGUAGACGGAACAUCAACCUCUCUCAGGAAGGAAAGACUGCAGGGGAGAAAAUCUUACUAUUUUAAAAUACUUGUGGUAAAAUUCUGCUUCCAUCUUAAGAAGAAAAAGUUGGUACAACAUAAUGUUGUGCUUUUUAGAUUGGUAUUUACCUGUACUGUGAAAAGUUAACUUCUUUGGUGAGAUGUAUUUCUCAGAAAAGAUUGAUAUUGAAGAUGACAUAAACAAGAAUGCAGUCAUUGCACAUGAAGGAAUCCCUUCUGGUAUCUUGUCUCAGACUAUGAAUUACGUGGGACAGCUUGCAGGACAAGUUCUAGUUACUGUGAAAGAGCUAUAUAAAGGCAUUAACCAGGCCACUCUUUCAGGAUGCAUCGAUGUAAUUGUGGUUCGGCAGCAGGAUGGUACAUACCAGUGUUCUCCUUUCCAUGUCCGAUUUGGGAAGCUUGGUGUUCUGCGUUCUAAGGAAAAAGUGAUUGAUAUAGAAAUUAAUGGAGACACAGUUGAUCUUCAUAUGAAGCUGGGUGACAAUGGAGAAGCUUUCUUCGUACAGGAAACUGAAGAAGAAUAUGAAAAAGUUCCUGCAUAUCUGGCAACCUCCCCAAUAAUCACUGAGGAUCAUUUCUUUAAAGAGUUUGAAGAUCUCCUGCUGAAGUCAGGUGAAAAUGAAAGGACAUGUCAGAGCUCUGAAGUUACACACGUCAUGGAAACAGAGACUCUGUUCACCUCAGGGUCUGUGAAGAAGAAAAAGCGAAGAAGAAAGAAAUACAAACAAGAUAGCAAGAAGGAAGAUCAAAUCUCCUCUUCUGGGGUUGAAGAGAUUUUUGAAAUAGAAAUAAGCUCUGAUGAUGAGAGGGGUGUUCAACAUCUGAGAGGAUCCUCAAAUUCUUCACCAAAGAGUGAAGAGCAGAAAGAGCCUUUGAUUUAUCACUCCAAAGAUCAUUACCCUUUAUCUGAUGGAGACUGGUCCCCUUUGGAGAACCCUUUCUCAGACCCAGCCUGUCCUAAAAGUGAUUCAGAGCUAGAAGUGAAACCUGCAGAGAGCUUGCUUAGAGCUGAAUCUCAUAUGGAGUGGACAUGGGGAGGAUUCCCAGAAUCUACUAAGAUAAGCAAGAAGGACAAAUUGGAGCAUCCUAGAACAGCUACCAUUACCCCAUCAGAAAAGACUCAUUUUAGGGUCAUUCUCAGCUCUGAUGAAGUUGAAGAUGAUUUUCUGGUGAAAGAUUCUGUCUGUAUGGUACUGAAACCUGAGCCAAGAACUCAUCCCCUGUUUAAGCAAAUAGAGGUUAAAGAUUCUCUUGCGUCUGCAGUCAUAGAACCUCUGCUGGAGAUCCCUCAAGAAUCAUCUACAUUAGAUGCUGAUCAUCUCCCCAGCCCAUUAGCAGAUAGUCCUUCAGAAGGAAAACCACCAGCAAAAAUUGACUCUCCUUCAAAAAAGAGAGGGGUGCACAAGCGAAGCCAACACCAGGGGCCUCAUGAUAUUUACUUGGAUGACUUGAAGGCUUUGGAACCUGAAGUUGCCGCACUCUACUUUCCCAAAAGUGAUUCUGAUCCAAGUUCCAGACAGUGGACUGAGUCGGAUACCCUCUCUGGUUCCCAGUCACCACAGUCCGUGGGAAGUGCUGCUGCUGACAGUGGCACAGAGUGCAUGUCUGAUUCUGCUAUGGACUUGCCUGAUGUCACGCUUUCUGUCUGUGGAGGUCUAAGUGAAAAUGGAGAGAUCUCUAAAGAAAAAUUCAUGGAACAUAUUAUUACUUACAAUGAAUUUGCCGAAAAUCCAGGACUCAUAGACAAUCCUAAUCUAGUGAUAAGGAUUUACAACAGGUACUAUAACUGGGCAUUGGCUGCACCCAUGAUUCUCAGCUUGCAGGUGUUCCAGAAAAGUUUGCCUAAGGCUACAGUAGAGUCUUGGGUUAAAGACAAGAUGCCCAAGAAAUCUGGAAGAUGGUGGUUCUGGCGCAAGAGGGACAGCAUGGCUAAACAACCACCAGAGGCAAAGGAGGGGAAGUCUGAGGCACAAAGAACAAAUGACCUGCCAGCAACUACAAAAGAACAAGUUAAUAGCAGGCCGACAGAAGAUGAUUCUUCUAGUGAUGAAGAGUCACAAGAGCUGAAAGAAUCCCUAAAAAUAGAUUCUGUCCCAGUGGAACAUCCAAACUAUGGGAACACUAUCUCUUAUAAGAAGUCACUUAGACUGUCUUCAGACCAAAUAGCAAAAUUGAAGCUCAAAGAUGGUCCAAAUGAUGUUGUGUUCAGUAUUACAACCCAGUAUCAAGGUACUUGCCGCUGCGCAGGAACAAUAUACCUCUGGAAUUGGAAUGACAAAAUCAUCAUCUCUGAUAUUGACGGAACAAUAACAAAGUCUGAUGCCUUAGGACAAAUUCUCCCACAGCUUGGCAAGGACUGGACCCAUCAAGGCAUUGCAAAACUCUACCAUUCCAUCAAUGAGAAUGGCUACAAGUUUCUGUAUUGCUCUGCUCGUGCCAUUGGAAUGGCAGAUAUGACAAGAGGGUACUUACAUUGGGUGAAUGACAAAGGAACAAUCCUACCCAGGGGCCCCCUGUUGUUGUCCCCCAGCAGCUUGUUCUCGGCCUUUCAUAGGGAAGUGAUAGAAAAGAAGCCUGAAAAGUUCAAAAUCGAGUGUUUGAAUGAUAUCAAGAACUUGUUUGUGCCGAAUAAACAGCCUUUCUAUGCUGCUUUUGGAAACAGGCCCAAUGAUGUAUUCGCCUACACGAAAGUGGGAGUCCCAGACUGCAGAAUAUUUACAGUGAACCCAAAGGGUGAACUGAUCCAGGAACAAACAAAGGGAAACAAGUCCUCGUAUUUCAGGCUAAGUGAGCUUGUGGAACAUGUGUUCCCACUGCUCAAUAAAGAACAGAGUUCUGCUUUUCUGUGCCCGGAAUUCAGUUCCUUCUGCUAUUGGCGACAACCAUUUCCUGAGGUGAACAUGGAAGACCUAGCCUGA